AUGACUUACAACUUGUUUUCUUUCAUUCCAUACGAAUACUAUUUACGUAUUCUUUCCCUUUGCACAAUUUUGGGUUUCAUUACCCUAAUUCAAUCGUCUUAUAUCUAUCUAUCUAUCUAUCUAUCUAUCUAUAUAUAUAUAUAUAUAUAUAUAUAUAUAUUCAUGUCAAUCUGUUAUCUAUAUCUAUCUAUCUAUCUCAUUCUUAUAGCUACUUCAAUCGUCUUAUAUCUAUCUCUAUCUAUUCUAUCUAUCUCUGUCUCAUCUAUCUAUCUAUCUCAUUCCGUUCACAUCUAUCUAUCUAUCUAUCUAUCUUCCGUUCAUCUAUCUAUCUCUAUCUUAUUCCGUUCACAUCUAUUCAUAUCUAUCUAUCUAACCUAUCUAUCUAUCAUCUAUCUAUCCUAUAUCUCAUCAAUUUCAAUUUCAGACUAUUCAUAUCUAUCUGUCUCAGUUUAUAUAUAUCAAUUUCAGUCUGUUCAUAACUAUCUAUCUAUAUCUAUCUAUCUAUAUCUAUCUAUCUAUCUAUCUAUCUAUCUAUCUCAUCUAUCUAUCUUUUGGACUCUAUCUAUCUCUCAGUCUAUAUCUAUCCUGUUCACUAUCUCAUCUAUCUAUCUCAUUUCCGUUCAUAUCUAUCUAUCUAUCUAUCUCAUCCAUCUAUCUAUCAUCAUCUGUCUCAGCCAAUUUCAUAUCUAUCAAUUUCAGACUAUUCAUCUAUCUAUCUGUCUAUCUAUCUCAGUUUAUCAAUUUCAGACUAUUCAUAUCUAUCUGUCUCAGUCUAUAUCUAUCAAUUUCAGUCUGUUCAUAACUACCUAUCUAUCUAUCUAUCUAUCUAUCUAUCUAUCUAUCUAUCUAUCUAUCUAUCUCAGCCUAUAUCUAUCAAUUUCAGACUAUUCAUAUCUAUCUGUCUCAGUCUAUAUCUAUCAAUUUCAGUCUGUUCAUAACUACCUAUCUAUCUAUCUAUCUAUCUAUCUAUCUAUCUAUCUCACACUGGCCAUAUCCAUCUAA